UUUCUGGAGCAAAAUGGGCAAAUAGUAUUCAGAGUAUUAUUAGAAUAUUUAUAUCACUGUCGUUGGUCCUGGGAUUGCCAGGCCUUUUCUGAUUAUCAGAUGCAACAAAUGACGUCCAAUUUUAUUGACCAGUUUGGCUUCAACGAUGAGAAGUUUGCCGAUCAAGAUGACAUCGGGAAUGUCUCUUUUGAUCGAGUGUCAGACAUCAACUUUACCCUCAAUACAAAUGAAAGUGGGAAUAUUGCAUUGUUUGAGGCAUGCUGUAAGGAGAGAAUACAGCAGUUUGAUGAUGGUGGUUCUGAUGAAGAAGAUAUAUGGGAAGAAAAACACAUUGCGUUUACACCGGAAUCCCAGAGACGAUCCAGCUCGGGCAGUACGGACAGUGAAGAAAGUACAGACUCUGAAGAAGAGGAUGGAACAAAACAAGACUUGUUUGAAUCAAAUACUAAUACAGAAGACAAAAUGGAAGUGGACUUAAAUGAACCACCGAACUGGUCGGCUAACUUUGACGUACCUAUGGAAACUGCACAUGGUACCAAUUUGGAUUCUGUUGGGUCUGAUGUAUGGAGCACAGAAGAACCUAUGCCAGGAAAAGAAACUGGCUGGGCUUCUUUUUCAGAGUUUACAUCUUCUCUAAGUUCAAAAGAGUCUUUAAGAAGUAAUUCUCCUGUGGAAAUGGAAACAAACACAGAACCAAUGGAUCCCCUGAGUGCAAAUGUAUCUGCACUUGCAACACAGCCAGAGGCCCAAGGAAGUGUUGCUAUGGAGGCCAGUUCAGAUGGAGAAGAUGAUGUGGAAAAUGCAGACAAGGUAACUGAGACAGUAAUGAAUGGCAGCAUGAAGGAAACACUGAGCCUUACUGUAGAUGCUAAAACAGAAACAGCUGUCUUCAAAAGGUAAGCAAACCUAGUUCAUUUCUCUUAUUCACU